CAAAACCAUAUCUAAAACCAUCUUAGGGUUUUCACAUAGAGAUACAGAUAGAGAGAGAGAAGAUGUGGAGAUCAAUAGUUGCAAGAAGAGGAGGAUCAAGGCUGCUGCAUUUAAUCCUAAACUCUCAUCCUUCUCCUACUCCUCAGGUACUUAACUAUGAAGCCCAAACCUUCAUACAAUCUUCAUUUCAUUCACAUUUCACUCAGAAAAUCCCAUCUUCCCUAAACCCUAGGUUUUUCUCUCACGAUUCAUCAGACCCUAGUAAUGAUGUUGUUGUUGAAUCGCACGUUGAUUCGCCUGUUUCCGAAACCAAUGAUGGCUUUGAUGCUACUGCUUUCACUCAUGAAAAAGACAUUGUUUUUGAGGAAAAUCCUGUUUAUGUUGCAUCAGUAUCUGACAAUGGACCUACUUCAUCGUUCGAUUUUGAUAAAUUAGUUGAGAAAGAUGAAAUACGUGAGGUCGAUUUUGAGCAGUUAGAGAGUGUGUUGUCUCUGCUUCAGAGCUCUAGUACUAGUACUAGUAGUGCUGAUGGGUCUUUAGAAUCGAGCCUUGAAGGCAUGGAUUUGACUUUACAUCAAGAGUUUGUGAUAAGGGUACUCGAAACCCCCCUUGUUCCAGGUGACAAUUUAAUUGCCUUUUUCAAAUGGGCUUCAAACAAGCCAGAAUUCUCAGUAACUACGGGGAGUGUGUGGGUUCUUGUUCAGGCAAUUUCUAGUGCUCUUAGGAAGAAAGACGCGUAUGCUUUGUGGGAUUUGAUUAAGGAGAUUGGGGUGAAGGAGAAUGGUGUUUUGAAUGAGGAGAUUCUCAAUGAGCUGAUAUCUCUUUUGUCAAAGUUGGGUAAAGGCAAGGCUGGAUUUGAAGUGUUUAACAUGUUUGGGGAAUUCGGGUGUGUCGCAGAUGCUGAAACGUUUUAUUUCACUAUUGAAGCCCUUUGUAGGCGCUCAUUAUUUGAUUGGGCUUGCUCUGUUUGUGAGAAGAUGCUAAAUGUUGGAAAAUUGCCUGAAAGUGAGAAAGUUGGAAAGAUUAUAUCUUUUUUGUGCAAAGGUGCUAAGGCUAAAGAUGCUCAUUUGGUUUACUUGUUGGCAAAGGAUAAGGAUAGAUACCCACCUCGAUAUUCUGUUAAUUUUUUGAUCAGUUCAUUGUGUGGAGGGGACGAGACUGUUUCCUUAGCUUUAGAGAUGUUAGAAGACUUCUCUGGAGAAGAGAGAAAAUAUGCAAUUAAGCCAUUUUCAUCUGUUAUUAAUGGGUUGUGUAGAAUCAAAGAUGUUGAUGGAGCAAAAAAGUUACUGUUUAAGAUGAUUGAUGCAGGUCCACCUCCUGGAAAUGCAGUCUUCAAUUCCAUUAUCAAGGGUCUCUCCAAGGCUGGAGAUAUGGAUGAGGCAAGGAAAAUGAUGAGAUUGAUGGGGACUAGGGGUCUGAAACCUGAUGUAUACACUUACAGUGUCAUUAUGAGUGGUUAUGUGAAGGGGGGAGAGAUGGAGGAGGCUUGUAAAGUUUUGGCUGAAGCCAAAAAGAAGCACUCCAAUUUGAGUCCCAUGAUUUAUCAUACACUCAUUCGUGGAUACUGCAAACUUGAAGAAUUUGACAAGGCACUGAAGUUGUUGGAUGAGAUGAAGGAGCAUGGAGUUCAGCCUAAUGCUGAUGAGUACAAUAAGCUGAUCCAAUCUCUUUGCCUGAAGGCUUUAGAUUGGGGAAAAGCAGAGAAGCUGCUAAAGGAGAUGAAAGAAAACGGGUUGCAUCUCAAUGGGAUCACAAAGGGUCUUAUAAAAGCAGUUAAGGAGAUGGAAGAGGAGGAAGUCAGGAGUGCUGAAGUAACUGUUGGGGCAUAACUUAGCAUCGGCUUACUGAAGUGAAUGCAAUAUGAGAUGUCAAGGCUCCAUCUCUGGAGACUUCUUCUUCUUUUUGCUUGUAGCUGUUUUCAUGAGAUAUAUAAAAGAGGAAUGCAUUGUAGGCUCUCUUUUUGAAAUCCUGCAUUGUAAACUUCUCACAUCCAUUGGAAUGAAGGAAAAAGUUUUGUUCUUUGGACCUAUCUAUUCUAAUUUCAUAUCAUGCUAUGGUAUUCAAAGCCAUAUGGGUUAAAUAAAUCUUUUGAUGCUGAAUAAA